GCAGGAGCAUUAACAUUUAGGCCUGUAGUAAAAAAGGGCGAGGGUGUUUUACAGGUGUCAUAGAAACGUGCUAUAAUUUUUGUUUUAUUUAAGUUGAUCAAAGAAAACCUGCAUUGUUGUGUCCUCAGAUUAUUGUUAUUAGUUAGUUCUUUUAUUUAAUUUACUCUGCAGCUGUGUCUAAUGUAACGGUGAUGCCACCUGACGUUAUUAUAGCUUAACCUACCUGAGAGAACACGUGACAUUCAUUUAUUGAUUGGCCGCAGUGUUGCUCUCGGCACCAUCCGCGUGUCUUAAGACAGGCAAAUUACAACCGUUUACAUAUUUGUCACGCAAAUCUGCCCUGAUACGGUCACGUGAGGGCCAUUUCUCACACCGGGCGCGCACAGUGGGCCCGGCCACACGAGGAAGUGGGUGGAGAUUUCCCACCUUGUCGAGCCGCGAUGUAGAUGAUUUAGCAGCUCGGAUUUAACACGUAUCCGCCAUUGGAGCGGUGCGCUUUGAGGAUGGCCCCCGCUCAUCCAUCCCGCCCCGCGAGGCCGAGCGGAGCCCCGGAGCCCAGAGCGCCCCGUGCAGCUCAGCCGUUUCCUUCCCGAUUCUGAUGCUGAUGGCCUCCUUAAGGCGACUAUUGCCUCUUUUCUCUGAUAUCCGCGGGGAGCCCCAUCACGGCCAUUUUCAUGGUCACACCGCCCGCGGGCAUCUGAAGGUGGCAAACUAAACGAACCCGCGGGGGUUCCGAGGGGAAACACGGGGUUCCUUAUCACGGGUUAGGCGUGGUGUUAAGAUUUACAAGAACAAACCACCUCUGACCGAGCUGCGGCAUUAGUGCUAAUGCCAAGUGAGGAAAGCAACGAGAUUUAACCUUAUCUUCUUGUAAAUGUACGGAUAAGUGGUUCAAAAUAAACUUCACAGGAAAUUCGGUGACAUCUGACAUCACCGUGCGAAGCAGUUCUCGUUUUUGUUUAUAUAUUUUAGUUUUAUUUUAUUCGUUAUUGUAUUCGGUACUUCGUCUAUACUGAUUUACCACAUUGGCUAAAAUACAAAUUACCAUCUAUUGUCCAUAAUCCCCGCGCACUUUAGGACGCAUGCCCCCUCCCCACCUGUGUGCUUGCUCCUUCUGGCCCCCCGCAGCGAGGGGCCACUCUGAUAGGCUCCCGGGGCUAAUGGAGCAGGCCCGCGGGGCAGCAGCCUCACAGCAUAUAAAGCCUCAGCUCUCUGCCACAGCAAACACGGUUCAGGAAGAACCCGGCGGCGGAUGCGCUUUUACGCACGAACAGAGGCCUUUUGGUUCGUGCCAUUGGUGUCUCUUUAACUCAUAUCCACGCGCUUUUUUAACUUCAGACCUGUGAUCAUGACUCUUUCUGGCGAGUCUGAAUCGUACCAACACGCUGCUUUACCGACAGAGGAGGAUGAAAUUGACAUAGUGGGUAACGGUGACCCUUCCCUCGGGCGUUCGUGCUCCACGGACCUGAGCUCCUCGGCAGAUUCCGGUGCCGAGUUUGACUCCUCGGAACCGGACUCGUCGGGGGAAGGCGAGGCCAGCUUCUACGCGGAUGCGCCGCCGUCCAGGAACGCGCAGAGCAGCUCGGUGAAGCCCCCCUACUCCUACAUCGCCCUCAUCACCAUGGCCAUCCUGCAGAGCCCGCUGAAGAAGCUGACGCUGAGCGGCAUCUGCGACUUCAUCAGCAACAAGUUCCCGUACUACAAGGACAAGUUCCCCGCGUGGCAGAACUCCAUCAGGCACAACCUCUCCCUCAACGACUGUUUCAUCAAGAUCCCGAGGGAGCCCGGAAAUCCGGGCAAGGGCAACUACUGGUCUCUGGACCCCGCGUCGGAGGACAUGUUCGAUAACGGCAGCUUCCUCCGGCGAAGGAAGAGGUUCAAGAGGAACCAGCCGGAGUUCAACAAAGACGGACUCGUGUUUUGUUCCAACUUGAACUACUACCGGCCGUACGGGCAGCCGUACUGCGUGCAGAGCCCGGUGGGCGCCCUGCACGCCGCCCCUCUCCGGUACGUGCCGCUGCGCGACGCCAUCGCCCCCUCCCUCCUCCUGGCGCAAACGCUGAGCGGCGAGAGCGCUGGGCCCAAGGACUUCAGGGCGCAGUUCGGCCCAGCUCUGCCCACGGGGCCCAAGCCCGGCCCGCAGGCGAAGUGCUCGUUCAGCAUCGACAGCAUCAUGAGCAAGACCCCCGCCAGCGGCCCACGGAACCCGCACUCCCCAAAGAACCCUCACGCCGUUCUCGAUUACGGCCACGCCGUGCCCGGUCCCGCUGCCUGUCUGGUUCCGACGGUCCUUCAGCCCCACAGGACACGGUUCUUCCCUCCUGCCAUGCUCAACACGGCUCCUCUAAUAAACGAGCGUCUCAGACUUUCUUACGCUCGCUGCUGAAAGCUUUACUCGCAAGAACGUAUGUUUGAUAUGUGAAGACACGUUGUUGUAGAUCAUUUCUUAAAGAAAUGUUUUAAUUGCAUGAUAUUUAUGUGCGGUCAUAUUCAUUCCGUGUAUAUAAGAUGAGUGACGUUAUAAUAUAUUUGUUAAACUGUUCUAAAACUGUCUUGAUGUUUUUGUUAAUAAAUAAACAGUCAAAAUAAAUGUGAGA